AUGGCGGACACCUCCGCACAGCGCAGACCGCCCUACCAGGGAGUGUGGACGAAGAGAGCUGCGGACGCUGACGAGUGGCUGCAUCUGCACAAGGUGGUCGUGUCUGCUACCUCAGCAUCUCUCAUCUCCACAUUCACCGGCUUUCCUCUCGACUCGCUCAAGUCGAGGCUACAAUCGUCAAGAGAAAAGGUCUCGAUCCCCCGUCUGGCUGCUGGAGUCAUCAAAGAAGAAGGGAUCGGAGGUCUAUGGCGAGGGUUCCCAUUACCACUCGUCACCAUUUCCAUCGUCCGCACUAUUUCAUUCACCAUCUACUCUUCCACCAAACGCAUCCUCAACGCCGAUCCGUGGAUCGAUCUGCGGCUGGGCAUGUUCUCUGGGGACAAUGCGAAGGAUAUCGCCAUCACGAGUAUGCUCGCGGGCGGCGCGAGUGGAGCGGUCGUCUGUGUUGGAAGUGCGCCGUUCGAGCUCGUCAAAGUGAGGCGGCAGCUGGAAUAUCAAAUCUACCGUGACUCUCGCCCCGAGCUCCGAAAUUUCCCUCCCACACCCAUUCCAAACUCUGCCCUUCCAAAGGGCACUGCCCCUUUCCAACCCCCCACAACUAUCCAAGCUGUACGCCUCAUCCUCGCCUCCUCUGGGCCUUUGGGUCUCUAUACCGGCUGGCGACUUCACUUUAUCCGUGACACUCUGGGUACUGCGCUCUACUUUGCCGAAUACGACGUCAUGCGGUAUUACCUGGGACGUGCAAAGAAGGAGAGGCGGGAUGGGGAAGGCGGCGGAGGAGGAUUUGGUGAUGAUGUGCAGGGGGAUGUACCAGAGUGGUGUAGGGGUUGGAUCAUGAAGGGGAUGAUACCGUUCUUGUGUGGAAGUUUGGCGGGGGUCACAAGUUGGGCUCUGAUCUAUCCUGUUGAUACAAAGGCGCAACAACGAGCCCUCUCAGGCCUCCCUAUGCGCACACCGAUCGAACAACUCUCCCGCCUCGUCCUCGGCACCGACAAGUCCAACCCCAAACCUUUCCUCGCUGGCAUGGCCCGUCUCUAUCGAGGAUUGGGCAUAUCGAUGAUCCGGUCAAUGUUGACGCAUGGCUUGUUGUGGACGCUUGUGGAUGCUACCGGGAACUACAUAGACUCGCGGCCCUUUGAACGACUGGCGAGUCGACAGGAGCUCAAGUAA